GGGGAGUUGCUACGACGGCUGGAGCGAGCGUAGGACCUGUCGUGUCUUCGGAGAAGCCAUGCAUCGGUGAAGGAUUGGAAUUGAAGUGGCCUCGGCAGCGUCAGCAUUGCUGUUCUUGUUUCGAGUCGAGCAUGUUUCUUUACAUGGUAAGAACAGAGCCGUCAACCCUUUCAGGACCGGAGUCGUGUGCUGUUUCUUUCUUGCCCCCCGCCUGUCUUCUCGAAUUGAAAGCCUUAGACCCAGACCCGGUGUCCGCUUAGCUUCCUCCUGUCUUCUCCGCCGUAGCCAAACCAUGGCUGCUGAUCUUCUUUUCGGGCAUGCCCAUCUGCUUCUGCUCCGAACAGGGCAUUCACGUCGCGCGCCGGGAAGCGGGGCUCGCGGGCCGAGCCUGUCCCAGGUCCUACAACCGUCGAACCGGUGUCGGUGGAUGUCGACGAAGAGGACGAGGUCAUCCUCGGCUGUUGAGGACGAUGUCUUAUGCCAGAUGCAUUGGCACAAAACAGGAAGCGGCAGAAGCCAUCUUUCUUGGAAACGCACGCUGCGAAAGCAACAAGGGAGAGGAAUGAGCGCCAUCUUCACUUUGAACGCCUUGAUUCACCCACAUUUACCUCCUCCAUUUCGCGCCAAAAGAAAUACGAAACGGUCACGAAUUUCUGCUCGUCUCGGCGGCGACCCCGAAACUACCGGCGACGAGCGACAGCUCAACCUCUCGGUCCUUCGCUUCACUUUCGGCAUACCUGGUUUCGACGAGUCGUACUUGCCCAGAUGGAUAGGGUAUGGGUUUGGUUCGCUCUUGCUGCUGAAUCACUUCGUGGGGUCAGAUCUCGCCAAUAUAACCCCUGCUCAGCUGAGGACAGAGGUUCUGGGUCUUUCUUUGGCUGCAUUCUCCAUUAUACUCCCUUAUCUUGGAAAAUUUCUACGGGGUGCUGGUCCAGUGAAUCAAGUAACGUUGCCUGAAGGCAAUGAGCAGCUCUUCGUCAUGUCAGAAAGUCUGUCUGAUACGUUGAAGGAGAACUUGGCUUGGGCAACAUAUGUUCUAUUGCGCAAUACAAAUACUAUUGCUGCGUUAAUAUCAGUUAAAGGUGAGCUAUGUAUACGUGGCUAUUGGAGAACACCGGAUGAUGUGUCUAAAGCUCGUGUCCUUGAUUGGUUUGAGGAACAGAUACAGAAAAUUGGCCUCUCUGAUUUGAAGGAUACACUCUAUUUCACUCAGAGUCCAGAUUUUGGAUUUCGAGAAUUGUUACCAAAUGGGACACGCUCACUCUUGGUGCAGCCACUGCUUCAAGCUUCAGAUCAAGAGGUAUAUGAGAUGGGGAGAAAUGAAGGGUUCAUCGUCCUGGUCUCAAGCAUGAGUUAUGCUUAUAGUGACAAAGACAGAGCCUGGAUAAAAGCUGUUGCAAACAAGUUUAUGGGAUGGUCCCAUGUGGAAAAUAGGUGUUAAGAAAGCUUAUUAGGCUCGUCUUUCAAGUCUUUGAUUACAGAGCACUAUUAUACAUUAUGGAGAUCGUAUUAAUUUGGAGGUUGGUCUGCACAUAUUCUUUCAUGUGGGUGAUGAUACGUAGGGAGCAUGUGAUUUCUUUCGAUGCAGUUAAUUGCAAAAGCACGGCGGAGUUUAUUAGAGGUUGAGGUUAUUUUUUUAACAUGAUUUUAUAGAAUACUGGUUACAUUUUUUCUCAUCAUGUUUUGUCUUGGGUGGAAAUUUUCAUGUUCUGAUUUUUGGUUCGUGUAGAUCCAGGGCUGUGGAUUUUCAAUCAACUAUAGUCGAUUUUCAAUGUGUUGCCAAAUGAUUAUGGCAGAUGAGAUUGAUAAUUUGACAGAUAAAGAAUAUGGGGUUUACAUAAAUGAUGUAUCUAAUCUUAAAAAAAGAAGAGGAAAUUAAUAAACAAAACGGAAGAAAUUUGCAGGGAGACUACUUAAAGGCUUGACGUGUCUCUACACCCUUAAAACAGAACAUGCAUGCUCCCAGUCGUCCCCAGAGACCUUGAGUCUUUAAUUUGACGGGCUCAAGUCAAGGCCCUCAACAAAGGGUUUUAGGGACGGUUGAGUCGUCUUUGAUCCAUGCUUUCAUGGACACUAGUAAUCAAUUGGGACUGUCCCUAUUAGUGGUCAGGAAUUACUUUUAACUGCUAACGUACAGCCAACAGUCCAGAAUGGGAUUUGAGCCGUCACUUGUGAGUUUACCUACAGGAAAAUAUACCUUAAGGAUGGAUUCAGCUGUCACCUGUUCUCUAUUUUCUUUUUGGUAGUGAUACCCAUAAAAAUGCAUAUGUAGAACAGAGGGAGGAAUUGUAGAUUCAUUUUUCUACGGAAAUUGUUCUUAUAGUGGUCUAUAUGAUGAUAUUUUGGUUUCUCUAUUAAAAAAACAGAAGGAUGGAAGCAUGCCGUGUCGAUUUCGAGUGAAUUGUAUUAGCCUUGUCAGUUUCAGGUUUCUCUGCGUAACUGUUCUCAAGUGAGCUUGUGUUGAAAAUUGCCCACGAUAUCCCAAUUUUCUGUUUGUGAUAAGUGACAUGGUGUCUUAAUUGGAUGUGACUUUUCUCUGAGUAACAUAUGCAAUCACUUCCUUGAGUUAUCCAAAAUAUUUAGAUGCCCCAGUAUGGACGUACAUAUAUAUGUCAUACAUCCCUACCAAACUAUAGAGCAGCUGAUAGUUUAUUAUGAUUCUGAGUAUACUAACAAUGCAGAAGUGCACAUGUGAUGUCUGCAAAGAUACUUCCACAUUGCACAAAUGUACAAGAAACUUGUGUUAUGAAAUGUGCCAAUGGUAUAACAUUGUUGCUUGGCAUUGGAACUAGGAGCUCUUACUCUGUGUGGUCAAUACAUAUAGAGAAGGAAAGCCUCAAGUUGAUGCCUGUGACCCCUUUGUCUUCUAUCUAUCUUAAGCACACCUUGAACAUUUCAACAUGACAUCAUGUUCCGAUAAUGUGAAAUAACUUGGAGAAAGCACGAGAGCUGGCAACAACCACAAUCAGAAAAUUGGUAGAACCCGAGUAUUGGUAUGGUUCGACUUGUGCAUGGACAUCAUUCUCUGUUUUGAUUAGCUGUGACAUUAACAAUGUUUACAAGCGAUCAACACGGUCCCUCGUCCAAGAAUGGAUCAUCUUUUGUUCCUGUCCUAAAGGCUAAUGCUACUAUCCAAAGGAGUGAUCAUUAUGUAGAGACCCAGAUGUUGCUGUUGGCUACAUGGGAAUGAAAAGGACCAUUUUUUUCCUACAAUCUCCAUGGUCCAUUCAAUUUUGGAUGACAAUGAACCCUACACACACAUGCAUUAUCAAUUGAAGCAUAGUGCUUUUAUGUGAAAUUGUAGCCAUGGUCAUAUAUGUAACCUUCAUUGUGCCAAUCUGAGUCUACUUCCAAUUCAAUACAUAUUAGGCCAUUCCCGUGGGAUCAGAGAAGUCGCAAACCCAUUAUAUCUCUCAUACCUCAUGGAAUAAGUAGAAAUUAUAAUGUAGAACUUUUUGUGUUCUCGAAAUAACUCCUAAUAGUUUGUGAGAAAGCUUAUUAGGCUCUUCUUCAGAGUCUUUGAUUACAGAGUAGUAUUAUACAUCAUGUAGAUCUGUAUAAAUUUUGAGGUUGGUUUGGACAUGUUCUUUCUGUAAGAAAAUGAUUUCUCCUUGAUUCCUUCAUAAUAGUCAAGUUUAUUCUAGGCUUCACAAAUUAGUGUAUUGCAGUGAAAUUGAAAAUAGUCAAUAUCUUUUCCAUCUUGUGCUGAUGGUGAUGAUAUACUAGGAGUAUGUGAUCCCUUUUGAUGUGGUUAAUUGCAAAAGCAUGGCAAAGAUCUAUUAGAUAUUGAGCUUUUGUUUUUCAUAUGAUUGUGUAGAAUACAUGUUAUAUUUUCUAUCUUGCUUGUUAUAUCUGAGGUGUGGAAAUUUUAUGUUCUGAUA